UACAAAAAAAAGUGCAUAGCUGGUGCUUCUACUUUCAGAGUACAACGUUACUCGCUUAAAAAUUGUGCAUGUUUGUCUUGGCCGCGAUCCGGCUCGGCUUGACGGCCUUCUGGUUAGGCUAGAAGUGCCAUCAGCAGAGGGCAAGGUGCACAGAAUAUGCGACUUGUAGUUAUUAUUUUUUACUGAAAAGUGUAGUUUACAGGGGCGUAAAUUGGACUGGGAUACAAAAACAGUAGUAGAGUAAAUAUGGUAAUCUAGGUCGGACCGGAUCCAAUCCAAUCCACAUCUCAAGCUGCCUGCGCUGCAGCCAUAUUGCCAUUCUUCUUGCGAUGCAGUGAGCAUGCAGUGAGUUGCUAUGCCUUUUGCGAAGAAGUGUUCAUUUAACCCUGAUUGGGUGAACGCGGAAAUAUCCGAGCACGCCUCAUGGAUUAGAGCAGUGCCGAACGACACAAGUAAGGCUCAGUGUGCAGCAUGCCAGAAGACUUUCACGCUUAGCAAUAUGGGCAUCGCUGCAGUCUCCAGUCACGCUUUGAGCAAGAAAUACCUAGCUGCUGUGAGCGUGGUGCAAAGUGCUUCCCAGACAAACAUCCGCGCGUUUUUUGGUGCUGGACCCAACUUGCCGUGUUCCGUGACUGCUACGAGUGAAUGUGUAUCGGCUGUGCCAAGCAAGAGUGCUCAAAGCGUGCCUGCUAAACCAGUGGCCAUCGCGCCUGAAGGGAAGGCAUCCUUAAAUGGGUUUCGAGUCAAGAAAUGUGUCACGAAAGCAGAAGUUGUUUGGUGUCUAAACACUAUAGCGACCCAUGGAUCGUUUCGUUCAGCAGCAGCGUCAGCGGCGCUUUUUCCUAUCAUGUUCCCCACGUGCGACGUCGCGAAGAAGAUGCAACUUGUUAAGGACAAAACUGGCUAUACAAUUUGUUACGGUAUAGCCCCGUACUUCCGAAACGGGCUGCUAUCAAAGCUGCAUGGUGUCCCACACGUGGUCGUGGCUUUUGACGAGUUCCUGAACAAAAUUGCUCAGAAAGAGCAAAUGAAUGUUUUGAUCAGGUUUUGGGACCCAGCUGACGGCGUUGUCAAAACCCGCUACCUGACGUCCUGUUUUUUAGGACACACUUGCGCAGAGGAUUUAGCUGCCGCUUUCAAAAAGGCCACCGAGAACAUUGAGCCGGCAAAAAUACUUCAACUUUCGAUGGAUGGUCCAAAUGUCAAUUUGAAGUUGUUGAAGUCAUUGAAGGAAGAGCUUUCUGCAUCUGAUGGAAAUUAGAAUAUUGUGGACA